AUGACGGACCAGCACUGGAAAACGCAGCCACCUUACCGAGAACCUGGCCCGGAAUUUAACAAGGCGAUGCAAGGUGCUUGUCAUUGCGGUCGAGUAAAGUACUGGCUCAGCAAAGAUAGUCCUCUAGCCUCCAAAUACUGUCACUGCGAUGAUUGUAAAGUAAUCCAUGGCGCCCCUUUCCAAUGGGCAGCGAUAUUCCAAAAGUCAGAUAUGGCAUUCCAAAACGGUACUGAGAGCCUGCGCUUUUACAACUCCGGUUCUCAGUCACAAGAUCAUGAGCUACCCUGCAAAGUAAGCUGCGCUUAUUGCGGCAGCUUCAUCAUGGACGAAGGACGGAACAUGGUUCUGCUAUUUCCGACGCUUUUGUCAUUCCAGAGCGAGACGCAGAAGAAGAAUUUUGCUGUCCAGUACGUUAUCUCCGGAGACCCAGGUUUAGAUAUGGUUAUUGACGGCACAUGCAUGUGUCACCUCUUUUAUCCGCAUAGGGUCGUCGAUUUGCCGGAUGGGAAGCCGAAAUGGGCAGGGUUGGAUAGCAAGAGCGACUUGGUAGAUGAAAUCUGA